AUGGACGGCCACCGCGAUUCUCCACCAAAGCGACAAAGAGAUGACGAGGAUGGCUAUGACGAAUAUCCGCCCCGCAAGCGCUCUUCAGCCUCAUUAUCCCCAUCAAGUGCAUCCCCCCGGUAUAGAAUUGCGGAGCGUCCAGCUCAGCGGUACAGCAGAGCAGAUGACAGUGAUGACGAGCGAAAAUAUUACAGAUCAAGGUCAAGGCCGAGGUCCGGGUCCGGGUCCCGCUCGGUAAUAAGGCGCCGGUCUCAGUCCCCAUCGUGUACUCCCACGCCGCCAAAGCCAACAACACUCGACUACAAACCGACGCUUAUUCUCCACGGACACAAGAAAGGUGUUGCUUCCGUGAAGUUCUCGCCUGAUGGUCGCUACAUCGCUAGUUGCUCAGCAGACUGCACAAUCAAGAUAUGGGACGCUCAAACAGGAAAGCUAGAACACACUCUUGAAGGUCACCUGGCGGGCGUUUCCGCCAUUGCUUGGUCCCCAGAUUCCAAGAUCCUCGCAUCUGGCUCUGAUGACAAGACUAUUCGAUUAUGGAAUAUCUCAACUGGCCAGCCUCACCCUACUCCGUUCCUAGGCCACCACAACUACGUCUAUUCUCUUGCUUUCUCCCCCAAAGGCAACAUGCUAGUGAGCGGCUCCUAUGACGAGGCUCUCUUCGUCUGGGACGUCCGUGCUGCGCGUGUCAUGCGAUCACUUCCUGCACAUUCCGAUCCGGUUGGCGGUGUGGACUUUGUCAGAGACGGCACCCUCAUCGUAAGCUGCGCCAACGACGGACUAAUCCGGGUAUGGGACACAGCAACCGGCCAAUGUCUACGCACUCUCGUCCACGAAGAUAAUGCGCCUGUCACAUCUGUGCGCUUCUCACCAAACGGAAAGUACGUCCUUGCUUGGACACUCGACUCCUGCCUGCGGCUGUGGAACUAUAUCGACGGGAAGGGCAAGUGCGUGAAGACAUACCAAGGCCACGAGAACAAGAAGUUCAGUCUUUCGGGUGCUUUUGGGACAUAUGGAGGGCCGCCGCCAUAUCAAUAUGCCUUCAUUGCAUCAGGGAGUGAGGAUGGCGAUAUCGUGUUGUGGGACGUCAGCUCGAAGAAUAUAUUGCAGAAGUUGAUCGGGCACACGGCUCCGGUACUGUCAGUGGAUACCCACCCUACGGAACAACUCAUCGUCAGCGGCGGACUGGACAGAACUGUCAGAAUUUGGAGGUGCAAGGAAGACUUCGCUAUUCAACCUCAACCACAGGAUGAUAUCUUGCGUCAACUCCAGGUCUUGGCUGCAGAUGGGGCAGACGCUUGAGCGCUGGUAGCUUUGAUCUAAAGCUGUUUUAUUGUGGCGCAUUAGUAAUGCCCUGAAGAGAUCUGAUCUACAUGGGGAAUAUCUCCUUUUCUCUAGGGAUGCU